AUGGCACCAGUGAAGAAGGGUAUCAUUGAACGUCUGAACUCGGGCGAUGUGGUGAUCGGCGAUGGGGGAUUUGUGAUGGCCUUAGAGAAGCGAGGUUAUGUCAAGGCCGGGCCGUGGACUCCCGAGGCGGCUGUUACCCAUCCGGAGGCCGUCAGGCAACUCCACAGGGAGUUCCUGAGAGCAGGAUCCAAUGUUAUGCAGACCUUCACCUUCUACUCCAGUGACGACAAACUGGAGAACCGGGGUCAGAACCUACAGUUGUCGGGGGCCCAAAUCAACGAGGCCGCGUGCGAUCUGGCUCGUGAGGUGGCCGGCGAAGGUGACGCCUUGGUGGCGGGAGGCGUGUCUCAAACGCCGGCCUACAUGAGCUGUGAGAGUGAGGCCCACGUGAAGACCAUAUUCAAGAAACAACUGGAAGUUUUCACCAAGAAAAACGUGGACUUCUUGAUUGUUGAGUACUUUGAACAUGUCGAAGAGGCCGUGUGGGCGGUGGAGGUGCUGAAAACCAGCGGAAAGCCGGUGGCUGCCACACUGUGCAUGGGACCUGAGGGCGACAUGAACGGAGUCUCACCCGGGGAGUGCGCUGUCAGGCUGGUCAAGGCCGGUGCCCAGAUUGUGGGUGUCAACUGCCACUUUGACCCAAUGACCUGUGUGAAGGCUGUCAAACUGAUGAAGGAGGGCGUAGAGAAGGCUGGACUAAAGGCCCACUACAUGGUGCAGCCACUGGCCUACCACACCCCCGACUGCAACCACAAGGGCUUCAUUGACCUGCCUGAAUUCCCAUUUGCUAUGGAGCCCAGGGCCCUGACCCGCUGGGACGUGCACAGGUAUGCCAGGGAGGCCUACGAUGCCGGGAUCCGCUUUAUCGGUGGCUGCUGCGGAUUUGAGCCAUACCACAUAAGGGCCGUGGCAGAGGAACUGGCACAAGAGAGAGGGAUGUUGCCCCCCGCUUCGGAGAAACACGGCAUGUGGGGCGCCGCUCUAGAGAUGCAUACAAAACCCUGGGUCAGAGCCAGGGCUCACCCUGACUACUGGAAAAAUCUCUUACCUGCAACUGGUCGCCCCAAAUGUCCAUCCAUGUCUACUCCAGACUGCUGGGGGAUGUCGAGAGGUCACGCUGAGCUCAUGCAGCACAAGGAGGCAACCAGCACCCAGGAAAUGAAACGUGUGUUGGAACUGCGAGACCAAGUGGGGAAAACAAAGUGA